AUGGGUCUGCUUAAAGAAGCAUCAGGCCUGAAGGAGGGAAUACCGGCAAUUCGAUUGGACGUGAACAACGGCGAGCUUGACGCUUUCAUGGAGGACGAGAGCGAAACGGAUGAUUCCUUCUCAUCGGCCGGCGGUAUUUCGCUCUCGUCGUGCCUCGAGGAUUCGUUAUCGUCCAGCCGGACCGAGUCCGGAAAGGAUAUGCUGGAAGUGCUGCUGUGCGAGAAGGGAGCGAUGAAGAAGAAGCUUGGUAACUUUAUUCUUGACCCGCUUCGUCUGUCCAUGGGACCGGUGAUUGCUGUCGGAGCGUCAGGCGAAGUCAGGAAGGGGACGUACGACGGAGAAACGGUCGCUGUUAAAGUGCUGAAAGGGGAGGGUAAAGACCCGUACGCGAAUGUCGCGGAGUUUCGCCGGGAGGUGGUAACCCUAAUGUCUUGCGGCCAGUGUCCGCAGCUUUUGAAGUUCCUCGGUGUCUGCAUCGACUUUCGGCAACGGAUCUGCAUUGUUACAAAGUUCAUGGAGGGGGGGACUCUGAACGACCUGCUCAGGCGACGCCAGGGCAAAAGUUUGUCACUCAACGAUGCAGUGAACGUCGCGCGCGACGUCGCACAAGCCAUGGCGUUUCUUCACAAGAACGGAAUGAUUCACCGCGAUCUGAAAUCGGCGAAUAUUCUCUUAGAUAAGGAGGGUCACGCAGUGGUGGGAGAUUUCGGCGUGGCUAGACUAAAAGGAGAGCGAGGGGAGAUGACCAAGGAAGUCGGAACUUACAGAUGGAUGGCGCCUGAAGCCUUUGGCACGAGUCCAUGGCCGGUCACCCACAAAGCCGACGUCUACAGUUUCGGAAUCGUUCUGUGGGAAGUUUUAACAGGGGGAGUGCCGUUUGCUGAUUAUUCCCCGCUACAAGCUGCUGUGGCUGUUGCUCUUAACGGAGCGCGUCCGACUAUUCCGGAAUCGCCACCGGAAUCGCUUCGCUCGCUGAUUCAAAGGUGCUGGGACAAGACGCCCAAGGAAAGACCAGAGUUCAGCGAAAUUUUGACCGAGCUUGACCGGAUUGCUAAGGGGAUUCAGCAGCAGUAA